AUGCAUGGCAAUGCUUGUAAUACUUCCAACCCUGCACAGCCCAAUUCUGCCGUGGUGCCCUGGUCCUAUUCGAGGCUCUCGACGGUCUCAAUCUUGCGGCACCUCCCGCCUCGACCGGUCGUCGACUACUUGGUAGCGGUCUACUUCAAUACGGUUUAUUGGUUUGUCGUCGUGGCCCAUGAGGGCCAUUUCUUACAUCACUACCGGCAGAUGAUGGAUCUCUACGCACAAGAUGAGUCGUCGGUUCCAGACAGCGAGGAAGACUUUACGUUCGCGCUCUUGAUCCUGACCGUGGUCGCCUUGGGCGGGAGAUAUGCGUCCGCCCAUGCGGUCCGUCGCCGUCGCUGUACGCAAGCCUUUUCGCAGAGCCCUACCAGCUCGGACGGGAGGACGUCUGCAGACAUCGCGACGGCAACAUGCCGGCUUUUUGCCGUGCUUCGCAACAACUCCACCGACAAUCUUACAUGCGGCACGCUCGCGACAGUGCAGUCAAUGCUGUUGCUGGGAAAUCUGUACCUGUACCAUGGGCAUUCAAACCUGGCAUGGACUCACACAGCGUCCACGGUCCGGGUGACGCAGGCUCUGGAGCUCCACAAGGAGGAUUCCGAGAUGCGCUGGACUUCCCCCUACUAUCAAAGUAUGGAUCUUGUAGAAAAGCGUCAGUUGAAGUGGCGCCUUUUCUGGGCGGUUCAUACCUCCGACCGGUUUCUGGCCAUGUGCUACGGCUUGCCGCCGUUGAUCUCCGAUGAGGACUGCGUCGUGGAGAUUCCACGGGAGGAUUGCAUAUAUCCACCGACGGGGUCGUCGUCGUUCUUGAUGUUAGACGGCGAAAAUGAUUCCGCGACCGGUCCCAACUCGACAACCCUCCUGACCUACCAGACCCACAAGUUGAAGUUUUAUGUCAUCCUGGGCCACAUUAUCCAGACGCUCUACCGGCAGACGAAGGGGGGGAUUGAAGGGCGUUGUCUCACAGGCAUCCAAGAAAUCUCAAGAACCGACCAACUGGUCAACCACGUUCGUGACCUAGAUCGGACCCUCCGCAGGUGGUACAGUGAGCUUCCCAGAGAGCUGCGCGUUUCUGAAAUGGCAGCUCGCCAGGAUCAGGGAGAAGAGCGAACGCCAGACGAUGACGAUGAUAUUAUCGAUCCCGUGCAUGACGACGCCUGCAAUGACUCCAGCAACGUGCACGAACGGCGCAAGAGAAUCAAGAAUUCGAUCUACGGCAUGCAGGCUCUCUUAUUACAGCUUGCCUACGACCACGCCUUGGUGUUGAUUCAUCGGCCCAUUCUGACGCUGAAAAACAACGAGCGUCAGGCGCCCCCGAAAGACAUGCUCUGUUGGUCGAUCAGUACGCGCUGGAGAGCAAGUUUGAGAAUUUCAAACAUCGGGUGGCAUCCUGCACAUGCUGUGUCGUUCGUUGGUGUUCACCUCUUCGCUGCCGGGGUUAUACUCGGUGCCUUUGCCGGCAGCGAUCCGCUGAGCAGGCUGGCGUUCGAAGCAAAGAGAAGACUCAGUCGGGUCAUACAAGUGCAACGCCGUUUGAAAGCAAAGGUAAUUGUAUCGGCGCAAAGUCUCGCUAUCCUUGAGAAACUAGCAUAUGAUGUCAUGAAGAAGGAAGCCAACAGGAUGUUUGGCGAAGGAUCUGGCGAGUUAGACAAUGGUUAUAGUUACCCUGAACCACUAAGCAGGCAACAAGAGGACUAUACGCCGACCUUGCAAGAGCCUUUGCCAGCUGCACCCACUUCGAACGGUUCUGGGGCAAAGAAUGACAUGUUAGACCUCUCAUCAAUAGACGAUAUGCAGUCCAACGAAAAUCGGCUGCUUUUCGAUGGCCUCCUGCCUGACACCCUCCUCGGCCUAGGUAGCUCAAUGGCCGAAGUGGACAAGCGUGAGUGUUUCUGGACUGUCCAGCGAGUCUUACUGAUACCAUUUGGCAGUUUUCUGGGAUCUGUAUGCACCUCCACCAUCGGGCGCUGA